UUUGAGUCUUUGACCAACGUAAUAUCUGAAGAGAGGAAAACCCUCUAAAGUUGUCUCGAAUGAUACUUUGAUCGUUGAAGAGAAUCCGCGGUUCGUCAAAAAGCGGCAGUCGUCGUCGUCGGUGGCAAUGGCUCGGGCAAGCAGGAAUGGGAACGAAUCUUCGGGGGUAGGAUUUCUUAAGGCGGCUUUCAGAUACUUGAAGAUGGCAGAAUUUGAGAUCCUUUUCGUUCUCUUCUUCAUCGUAGCUUUUAUUCUCUUCAAAGAUCUUACAUCAAGGCCAGAGUACAAUCAGAUUCUUGUAAAGAAGCCUGAGGGAUUUGAUAUGUGGCCAUUCCAGGUGAUGUAAAAAUGUCCACUCACAUGUUGACAUUUUUAUUGAUUUUAUUGUAAGUUGACAGUUGUUUUCAUAUUAUCCGAAGUUGAAAGAUGUAAAAAAUGUUCAUCAACAUCCAUAUAAUAUUUUUAUUGAUUUUGUCAUAA